ACCCUCGAAAUUAUGUAAAAGUAAAAAUACAAAAUAGAGCUCACUUUCAACUCGGGGUGUCGCGAACAAGUAACUCGCACAACAAUCCAAUUGAGCUACUUUCGUUUGACUUUAUUCCCAGAUAUUUCGUUAGAUUUCACGCAAGUAUUUCACGCGAAUUAACUGCGGUUAGCCACGAGUUGAGGAUCCUACGACGGUGAUAUAAAUGUUAUCCCUUUCUCUCUCAGUUUUGACUCGUUAACCUCUACACUACAAGAUUAUACAGAUUAAUUCUGUGCAUAGUCUGCGGUUUAAGCGUACCAAGUGUACGUGUACUUACGAAAACUGAGCUGAAAUAUACCGAUGAAUAUAAUACGAGCGUGGUUCGAGGGUGUGAGCUUUCGAGAACAAGCAUCACGCGAAACGCGAGGUUCUCUCAGUCCACGUUGGGCAAGGCGGCGUGCAAAUCGGAAAUGCUUGCUGGGAGCUUUAUUGCCUGGAGCAUGGAAUUCAACCGGACGGCAUAGUCCCACCGCAGACUUGCAGCAACGACGAGGGCUUUCAGACUUUCUUCAGCGAGACCGGGGGCGGAAAAUUCGUGCCCCGAGCUGUUUUCAUUGAUCUCGAGCCCACCGUUAUCGGUUAGAAUUUUGUGCGAUUCUUCGAUUAACGCAGGCCCUGUUUGUCACUCGAUUUAAACAGUUUUAAACUUAGCGAGGGAUGACACAGGUACGUUUUUACGAGACACUUUUUUUCUCGGUUUGUCAACACACAGACGAAGUGAGAACGGGGACGUAUCAUCAGCUGUUCCACCCGGAACAAUUGAUAUCGGGGAAAGAAGAUGCAGCGAAUAAUUACGCGCGCGGUCACUACACUCUGGGAAAAGACAUGUUGGAUUUGGUCCUCGAUCGCAUUCGUAAAAUAGCCGAUACGUGCGCUGGCCUCCAGGGUUUUUUGAUAUUUCACGCGUUCGGUGGCGGCACGGGUUCGGGCUUUACCGCUCUUUUGAUGGAACGUUUGUCGGUCGAUUAUGGAAAAAAGUCGAAAUUGGAAUUCGCGAUUUAUCCGUCACCGCAAAUAUCGACCGCGGUUGUCGAGCCUUUCAACUCUAUUCUCACAACUCACACACUCCUCGAACACUCGGACUGUGCUUUUCUCGUUGACAACGAAGCGAUCUACGACAUUUGUCGACGCAGCUUGAAUAUCGAGAGACCGACGUACACUAACCUCAAUCGAUUGAUCGGACAAAUAGUUUCCUCCAUUACCGCCUCCUUGCGCUUCGACGGCGCCUUGAACGUCGAUCUAACGGAAUUCCAAACGAACCUCGUACCCUAUCCGAGAAUACACUUUCCCUUGGCCACUUAUGCCCCCAUUGUUUCCCUCGAACGAGCCGCGCACGAACAACUCACCGUCAUGGAAUUAACCUCCGCCUGCUUCGAGCCCGCUAAUCAAAUGGUCAAAUGUGAUCCUCGCAAGGGAAAGUACAUGGCCUGUUGUUUACUAUACCGAGGCGACGUUGUCCCAAAGGAUGUUAACGCUUCGAUCGCUAUUAUAAAAACAAAGAGAGCCAUACACUUCGUCGAUUGGUGUCCAACAGGAUUCAAAGUGGGAAUAAAUUAUCAGCCGCCGACUGUGGUGCCAGGCGGUGAUCUUGCCAAAGUUCAGAGAGCAUUGGCCAUGCUUGCAAAUACGACGGCGAUCAACAUGGCUUGGGAAAGAUUGAAUAGAAAAUUUGACCUGAUGUACAGCAGAAGGGCAUUCGUUCACUGGUACGUAGCCGAAAAUAUGGAAGAGAGCGAGUUUCAUGAAGCCCGCGAGGAUUUGGCCGCCCUCGAAAAGGACUACGAUGAGCUCGCUCUCGAUACGACUGAGGGUGAAGGCGAAGAAGAGAUGUAGAGAAAAAAAAAAACAAAUAAUCUCCCGAAUGAACAGAACGUGUUCAUGGUGGGAUGAACGAACGAGCGUUUUCCGUAUUGCGUUUAUUUCAUUUUUUAUAUCAAUAUUACCACCUACGAAUCAAGCAUGCAAACGAAACUCUCGAAACGUCAUUUUUAUGAUUCAUUUACUUUUUCUCUCUUUUCCUUAGUCUUAACGUUUAUUGUUUGUUAUACAUGUACUUUGUAUGCGUUUAUGAACAUAUUUUGUAUAUCGCCUGUAUAUGUCGCGAUUUUCUAAUUAAAAAUCUCGAUACUGCUCGUAA